GGAGCCUGAAAAUCUUGUUUUAAAAAUAUCACCACAAUAUGUAUUGUAAGGAAAACAUAGUAUUUUAAGUCAUACAAUUAGUUCGGCAAUAAUGUGUGUGGACAAUUGGAUGUAAUGUCGAGUAUCAAAGCAACGUUCAAUGAUAUCGCCACUCAUUUAAGUUUUUAGUUUUAUGUGGGGUAGAAAAGGUUCUCAAUGGUAUUAUGGUUUUGUUUUGGCUCUAAAACUCAAGAUUCUUAAUUCGAAACAACAAAUCGGCAAAGAAGGCUACAUCGGUUGUGAUUUGUUGUGUGACAAGUGAGUAUAAUGAAGAGAACAUGAUCCUUAACAUAUUUUGGUCUCGAAGAUUAUUAAAAGUGAGUCGUGAAGCCCAUUACAAGUACCUGAACCCAACUCACUAUCUUCUUCCUUGUCAGUCGCCACUAUCGUAUGCUUCUUCUUACCCACACAGUAAAACCCAAAACCUAGCACGACCCAAAAUACAUAGUCAAGGACCACCUUUCAAGACAGGGUGAAGCAAGGAUUCCAUGUUCGGAGGGGCCGUAAAAUGUCAAACAAAAUAAUAAAAUAUUAAAUAUGAUUUGCUAUAUGCAAAGUACACAAUGCUAUUUGGAAUCAAUCAAGUCACUCAAAAUAGCGUUUAACCAAAACGUGUUCACUAAUAUCUCAUUCAUUAUAAAUAACAAGACUACUAACGAUAGAGCCAUCACUCUUUUCAUUAUAAAAAACUCAUUCAAUACCAGCCGUAACGACUAUAAGAGUCUGACCCAGAUGAAACAUAUAAUCAACGAAUCAAAGUCAGUUGACUUCCCAGAGCAUUCCAAACCACGAUACAGUGGAAGAAAGCUCGGAAGUUGGGAGUCAUCGUCGUUGGUUCUUCUUUCUGUCAUCACCGACGUUGAUUCUGCGUCCUCUAUUUGGUAAGCUAACGUUUUGGAUGUUUUAAGUUAAAUCUCUAAAACCAUGCUUUUAGUGAAAUAGAUGCACAAUAUGAUAGAUUCACUAAAUCAUUAUGUUUAAAAGCAUCAACACAAAAGUUAUUCAACGGAAUCGUCAAUCUAUAAUUUUACUUUCUAAAAAAAACGAGAGAGUAAUACUUUUUUUUACAACAAAGGGUAAUACUUUCUUGAAAGAUUACGUAUAAUAUUAAUGUCGACGCCAUAUUAACAUUUAAAAAAAAGAAACCUGAAACUAAUAAACCAAAAUUCCCACACUAAUCUCUAGUAAUCAGUUCACAAUUCAAUAAUUGGGCACAAAAGAAAAUAAAGAAAACUUACAAGCAAAAACAAAAAUUAACUUGCGGUUACCAGUAAUCGAACCCCGAUCUCACGAUUGCAAGCUAAAAUCCACACCAAUGCGCCAUUAGUUCUUUCGUGUUUCAUUCUUGCCAAUGACUAAUAUUAUACGUUUUAAUUUGUUCAUAAAUUUCAGGGCCCUCAACAUCGCUGCACUGUCUUCGUCCCUGUUCCCAGAAAUCUGGCUAUUCUUCCCCAAACCCAGAAAUCGAACGACCAGGCAUCGCCAUAAACUCUCCUUCAUAUAGUUGCAUCGUCGAAUUCAAUCUUCGUCGGGGUUGUGGGUGGGUGGGGGGGGGGAUGGAGGGUGGAUGAAGAGGCCGACGGCGAUUAGAGAGGAUUUCGAUUCAGACGUAUGCAGGGGAUGAAUAGCGGCGAUUAGAGAGGAUUUCGAUUCAGACAUAUGCAGGGGAAGAAUAGCACCAGGAAAGAGAACGAGUGGAAGAGGGAAGAGCGGAGCUCGACGAAUUCGUCGUCCCCGGAACCGCUGGGUUCUUGCUACCAGUCGAUGACCUUCGAUCGCAUCCGACGCGGAGUGUCGAAUUCAGUGGCGGAGGCCCGAACUAAGAACGCGCUGCUCUUGAGCGGAGCUGGAGUCGCCGCCGGAUCAUGAAAUCCCUCCGGAACCGACAGCACCUGCACGGAAUUGGUGAUCGAGAUUGCUCUAGACGAUUGAGUACUUCAAGACAAGGUCUAGCCAGUACAGCUCACUGCUCACGUAUACGAACUAAAGAGACAGCUGGAUGGAGGAUUCCCUGUUCCUAUUUCGACGAAAUUGAUGGCUGAAGGCGGGGAACCCAGCUCCCGAUUGACCAGUGACGCUCGAGUUUUUGCAAAGGGGAUUUGGCGAUUGGGGAUCUAAAGUUUAUGACGGCCGAUCUGAAUCAGAGGAGAAAGAGAGUUCAAGGAACAUAGGAUUUACAAGUAAAAACCUCACUCUCACCUCUGCUGAAAAAGAUGAAGGAGAUGGAGAUGAGAUGAAUGAAAGAAUAACGACAAACUGGGUUCUAAAUUGUAGUCGGUAGGAGCAGACGAGCAGUGGUUGUAGUUGUAGAUAAUUCUAAACUUGGAAAAAAUCCCAAAGUACACUAGUUUUUAAAAAAAAUUCCCAAAAUACAUUAGUUAUAAAAAAAAUUCCAAAACUACACAUGUUUGAGCAUCACCGUUUUUGUCUAAAACGGUGAAGGUCAUCACCGCGUUUGACAAACACGGUGAGUACUUCACCGUUUUAAACUAAAACGGUGAAGGCUUCACCGCUUUUGUUAAAAACGGUGAAGUACUCACCGUUUUAAUUUAACACGGUGAUGCCUUCACCGUUUUAAACUAAAACGGUGAAGGCUUCACCGUUUUUCUAGGACGCGGUGAAGUUGCUGACGUGGCAGACACGGGGUAUUCACCGCGUUAGACAAACACGGUGAAUAACCCGUGUCUGCCACGUCAGCGAUCCGCCUCAGUGUGCUUUCACCGUGGCCGUUAGAUGCGGUGAGGCGCGGAUCGUGGUUUUCUUCCCACGAUCCGACGCCUCACAGCAAGCCACGUGGACGGGGAGCCGGUUUUGGGGAAGGACAGUCCUUCACCGCGUUCAUCAAACGCGGUGAAUGCUCCCCCACAUUUACUGCGCAGCAGCUCCUCCCCCCCUUCCCCCAACUAUAAAUACCCCCUUCCCCUUUCACUUUCAACUCACCCCACAAACAUUUCACUUCUUUCUCCCUCAAUUUAUCCGCUCUAGUCUCGUUCUAAGUAUGCUCUGUGGUUGCGGCUAAGUCCGAUCUUCCACAUCAGAAAGAAUUACUAGAGUUUGACCCUAAAGCCCCCGUCCCGCUAAGUUCCCGUCCCUUACAAAGCUAAACCCGUCGAACCUCUGUCCGGCUUCCGCCAAUAAUGGACGAAGAGGCUCUUCGUGUAGGUUUUUUGGUUUGUGAUUUUUUUUAAUCGAAACAAUUUGAUUUAUUUUUUAUCAAAACAAUCUCUGAUUAUAUUACUUUUUUAUAGAUGGGUGCCGAGAUAUACGAUCCUCGAUUGUAUAUCCAUUAUGGCCCAAGGGAUGCGAGUCUCUUAACCGAUCAAGAAAUGCAUCGCUCCCGUGCCAUUUGGGAUAACAAUCCGGUAAUUUGAUGAACUGACUUGCUUUAUUUUAUUAUUUUCUAAUGUUUUAUUUUGCUUUAUUUAAUCUAAUUAAUUGAUGUUUUUCCUAUUUUUUUUAGGAAUCUCUUGUUCCCGUGGUUCAUAAAGGGACCAAUAACUU